AUGGACGUGGAGAAGACCGACCGGUCUUCGGAUCAGGUCGAGGACAUCAGCGCCGAGAAGCAGAGCAGCCAUGCCGGCAACCUCAUCAUGCCCGCCAGCCUGGCGGCUCUGGGCCAAGAGGAGUAUGAGAAGGUGGGAAAGCGGGCGACGUUGAAGAUGGACAUGGUGAUCAUGCCAAUCAUGGUAAUCAUGUACGUCCGAACUGACGGGGUGAGCCCUCAAGUCAACUAUCUCGACCGCCAGAACAUAGCGAGCGCGAAGCUGGCCAACAUCACCACGGACUUGGACCUAAGCGAGGUCGAGUACCAGACCACCGUCAGCAUCCUCUUCGUCGGUUACAUCCUCAUGCAGGUCCCCUCCAACAUGAUCGUCGGCAAGAUCAAGUGGCCCGGCGUGUACAUCUGCGCCGGCAUGGCCGCCUGGGGCGUCAUCUCGACGCUGAUGGCGGUGGUGCACAACUACGAGGGCCUGCUGAUGGCGCGCUUCUUCCUCGGCUUCGUCGAGGCCAUCUUCUUCCCCGGCGCGCUGUACUUCCUCUCGCUGUUCUACAACCGGAAGCAGUUCGCCCUGCGCACCGCCAUCCUCUACUCGGGCUCGCAGCUGGGCAACGCCUUUGGCGGCCUGUUUGCCAUUGGCAUCCUGAACCUGGACGGCGUCAGGGGUCUGGCCGGUUGGCGAUGGCUAUUCCUCGUCGAGGGCGUCAUCACCGUCGGCCUCGCCAUCCCCUUUGCCUGCAUUCUGCCCAACUCCAACAAGAAGAUCCCCACCCUCACGCAGCUCGAGUGCGAGUGGGUGCAGUACAACUUCGCCGUGGACCAGGGCCAGGAGGACGACUCGGGAGAGGUCACGGCCCUCAAGGGCUUCAUGAUGGCCGUCACGGACCCCAAGACUUGGAUGCUGAUGGGGGUUCUCUACUCGACGUACAUCGUCGGUGCCGUGGCCAACUUCUUCCCCUCCGUCGUCGGCGGCCUCGGUUUCUCCCGCACCAUGACCUACGCCCUCACGGCGCCCCCCUUCAUCCUCUGCGUCUUCACCAUGCUCCUCAACGGCUUCCACUCGGACCGCAAGCAGGAGCGCUACCUGCACAUCGUGGUGCCCCUGUGCGUCACCCUCGUCGCCAACGUCAUCGCCGUCUCGACCAUCAACAUCGCGGCGCGCUACGUGGCCAUGAUGCUGCUGCCGGGCUCCUUCUACGCCGCCGCCGUCGUCGUGCUGUCGUGGAUCAUGGGCAGCCUGUCGCAGCCGUCGGCGAAGCGGGCGUCGGCCAUCGCGCUCAUCAACGCCAUGUGCAACACGCCCAACGUCUGGGGCAGCUACCUGUACUACGGCGCGCCGAGGUACGUCUCGGCCUUCAUCGUCAACAUCGCGGCGACGGGGCUCGCCAUCGCGUUCGCGACGGGGACGAGGAUCUGGCUGCGGAGGGUGAACGCCAAGCUGGACCGCGGCGAGGACACCGGCAAGCAUGGGCCGACGCAGGCGCAGGUUGCCGGGGGUUUCAGAUAUCUCCUCUGA